UGCUCUUCUUAAAGACUGACGCAAGGCAAAGGCAUGGAUAUAGUAUGAUCCACCCAGCAGACGCCCCUGGUUAUAUAGCCAGUUGGGUACAGCGUGUGAUCCAGAAGACAGGGAUGUCUGAGAGCAAAAUCAGCAAGGAAACUCCUCCUGCCACCUCAGCUGAGUGUCCUGUAUGCUAUGAGACAUUUCGGUCUCCAAAAGUAUCGCGCCGGAUGCUGAGCUGUGGGCACACCUUUUGCCAUGACUGUCUGGUCAAGUGUCUGAUGGCAUCACAGGAAAAUGGCCGGCUCCCGAACAGCCUCAUAUGCCCCAUCUGUCGCUUUGUGACUUUGCUCUGCAGGAAGAGGGCCUGCUGGCCUUCCAAGCCAGCCCCAACCCCUCAGGCUCAGGAGUUACCACUUUCACCCGCCUCACUGCCCUGUGGAAUGUCCCUGGAGCCAGCAAACACGUUGGUGGUGCCUGGCCAUGUCCUGAUCCCGUUGCAUGGCUAUGACAGCCCCCAGAGUGUGUGCGGCUGCCCUCGAAUGAACCCGAUGGUGCAGCCUGGUGGCUUUGAGCAGGGAUCCCAGAUCUUCAUUAUCAGUCAGUGUGGCAUGCCUUUGAUGGGAGAGAACUAUGUUAUUGUGGCUCAAGAAGGCAACAUGGAAGCUCUAGGAGCAACAAGAUCCCAGAGCUCUUUAGGAAUGGGCUGCUUCCAGUCGCCCAUUAUGCUGGCCAUUUUACUUGUCUCCACUGUUGCUCUGUUGGGGGCUGUGGUCCCCUGGCUGUUGUGAAAAGGAAUGAAUGAACAUGGUGGAUGGAUUUGCCUAUGGACUUAAUGUGCAGGAUCUUCUCAUCUCCCACAUAAAGCUGCCUUAUGAACAAGGAUCAGUCCUUUGCCACUUCCACAAUAUGGAAACCUAAAGAUUUGCACGGUCCAGACAGAUGGGAGAUCCUUGGAGGAAACUGAGAAUUGCAAAAAAUUGUAUCUGUGUCAGUCUUACUUUUACAGGGUUGAUAGCACCUCAGGCAUGGCUCGGAGAAGCAAGAGAGGUCACCUACAGAAAGGGUCUAAACUUUUUAUGAUCACUUAUAUUUUUAUUUAUUUGCAUGCAUAUUCUAGCUUUCCCCCAAGGAGCAGUAUUAUGGCUUCACAACACUCCUCUGAAGUUAUACG